CCUCCCCCCCUGCUAUCCUCUUUUCUCGUUCCAACGGAAACUGCUUGCCUCCCCCCUCUCUAAAUAUAUCCCGAAAAUGGCAACCCCAAUCUCGAACCCUAGCCCCGAAACCACCGCGCCGGCAUCUUCCACUACCAUCAACCUCGACGAUACGGCGGAGCUCAGGAAGGUCUUCAACCAAUUCGACACAAACGGUGACGGCAAGAUCUCAGCUUCGGAGCUCGGAGAAGUGCUGAAAUCCAUGGGCUCUACCUACACCAUGGAGGAGCUUCAUCGCGUGAUGGAAGAUGUGGACACCGACAAGGACGGGUACAUUGAUUUGGCCGAGUUUGCAAAGCUGUGUCGAUCCUCCUCCGCCGCUGCCGCCGCCUCUGAGCUGAGGGAUGCGUUUGAUCUGUACGAUCAGAACGGUGACGGGAUGAUCUCGGCGGCGGAGCUCCACCAGGUGCUGAACCGGUUGGGGAUGAAGUGUAAGGUGGACGAGUGCUUUCAGAUGAUUAAGAAUGUCGAUUCGGAUGGUGAUGGGUGUGUUAACUUUGAAGAGUUUCAGAAGAUGAUGGCUGCUAACAUCAAUAAUGGCUCCGCUGUCGUGGCUCCCUAGAUCUAUUUCGGACGGUGCCGAUUGAUUUGAUCAAUGGAUAAUGUUUCGUUUAGUGAAAAAUCUGGGGCCAUGACGCUGCUAACUGGGUAAAUGAAAAUGUGAUUGUGAUUUUUUUCUUUUUCUUUUUAAUUUUAGUACUUUCUAAAAUGAAGAAUGAAAUCAAUGAAAUGACCGUUUCAUGUCAA